AUGGCAGACACCAAAGCCGCGCCCCCAACGACAGAACAGCGCGUUCCAGCUCGUCUCCCCAGAGUCACAAUUGAGUUUUGCACCCAAUGCAAAUGGCUUCUCCGCGCCGCAUAUUACGCGCAGGAACUCCUCUCGACCUUCUCCCUCGCCCUCGGGGAGGUCGCGCUGCAGCCCUCCACGGGCGGCACCUUCAUCGUCGCCAUCCACCACGGCGGCGGCGAGAGGAAGGUCCUGUGGGACCGGCGGGCCGACGGCGGGUUCCCCGAGACCAAGGAGCUGAAGCGGCGGGUCAGGGACGUGGUCGAGCCUGGGCGGGACCUGGGCCACGUCGACCGGCACGGGGCUUCGAAGGAGGCGGCUCCUACAGCGGCGACGAAGAGUCCCGAGGAGGGGGAGGAGGGGGCCAAGGGGAAGGGUGAGGAGGGUGCUGGGGAGGGGAAGGCAUGCGAGGAUUGCCAAUGA